AUGCGUACUAUUCUCUCCGUUUUGACAGUUUUGGUGGUUCUCUUGAAACUGAAACAAAUGUGGAGCGUGUUCUUGUUGAAGAGAGGUGGGAUAACGACCGUUAUAGUGAGGAAACGACGGCGUUUGAGUGGAUGGGUUUUGAGUGCUCAGACGGAGAAAAAAGUCCACCUGUUGGACAGGAUUGAACGAUGGUUGAGAGAGAGCGACGAGAGGAGUGACAAAAUUGAUAAUGAUGGUAAUGGUAAUGAUGAUGAUAGUAAUAAUCGUCGAAAGAGGAUAUUCGGCGCGACGUCUUCUCUGGUCACCGGCUCGUGUCCGUUCGCGCACGUCGGCGCCAGCGACGCCGCUCGCAAAAUAUUGCGAGAAGGCGGCACGGAGAAGAUGCCGGCGUAUUCAGCGUUUAAACGAUUCGCCGGGAACGGGUUGUUCACGUGCGCAAAUGCGGAGGAGUGGCGGAGGAAACGCGUGGAAGUUUUGAAGGCGUUUGGGAGAGUCGGCGUGGGGAAGUUGAGGAGAGUCGCCGAGAAGAGAGUGAAAGAAUUGGUGAAGGAGAUCAGAGAGGAGAUUAAGACGAAGAAGAAGAAAGGAGGAGAGAAGAACAAUGAUGAUAUAAAAGUAGCGACGGUGACGCUGUUACCUCUGUUGCAAAGAGUCGCGCUGAGAAUCACGUUUGAGUACUUGUGCGGGAUAUCGAUGGAGGAGGCGUGCAAGAGGAGGAGCGCGAAGAAAUUGAACGACGACGAUGAAAAGAACAAAGACUGGAAAGUGAUUGAGACGGAGUACUUGGAGUGUUCGACGAUUUUGCGACGCAUCAUUCCAGCGCGAGCGCGCUCGAUGUGGAUCAUUUCUGACUUUUUGUACUACACGUUUUCAUCCGUCGGACGAGAAGAGAAACGAGCGAUUGAAAAGGCGAAGUUGUUGGCUUUGAUUGCGGUGGAAACGUGCACGGAAAAUUCGGCGUUGAGGGAGAUUAUCAGAGGCGAAGCGCACGGAAAACGCGCGACGGAUGCGGUUGAGGAAGCGACGACGCUGUUAUUCGCCGGUCACGACACGCAAAGCGCGACGAUGUGUUGGGGAAUAUUAGAGCUCAUCAAGCACGAAAAGAUACAAGAGGAAUUGAGGCGUUCGUUGCGCAAGCAGCGACGAACGGAAAUAGAAGAAAACGGUGGACGGCAGCAGCAUAGGAAUAGCACGAGCAACGAGGAUGACGAGAGCGAGAACGGCAACGAGAACGACGACGUAAACGACGACGAUGCAGACGAGAAGGAAAUCACGACUUCCGCGAGCAAACCAGAACUCGAAGCCGUCAUCCGCGAGACGCUUCGUUUACAUCCAGUCGCGCCACUCGUCGUGCGUCAGAUGAAACACCGCUCGAUACAUUUGGAAAACGGUGUGACCAUCCCGAAAGGUACGGCGGCGUGUGUGUGGCUUCACGCGUCGCAUCGCGACCCAGCCGCGUGGGAAAGCCCAAACGCGUUCCAACCUUCGCGUUGGCACGAUACCAUCGCUCCCGCGACGACGACGAUCAAACUGAAAAAGCCGGGCAAAAACUUCCAGCCUUUCGCGUCCGGUCAACGCUCGUGCGUCGGUCAACACGUCGCCAUGGCGACUCUGAGAGUCGUCUUUGGCCAACUCUUGGAGACGUUUACGUUUUCCGAAAACGCGUCAGAGUAUCCCAUCGCAGACGAGAUGGUUCCGAGCGUCGGUUUUACCGUCACGCCGAGGUUCGGCGCCAGGGUGAACGUUUCGGAAGAAGAAGAGGAAGAUUAG